AUGUCCAGAUUCGCGGAUGCCACUAUGGAAAUCCAAGACUUGGACCCGGCCGUCCACCUACACGCUCUGAAAGCCGGUCUCAGGCCCGGCAAAUUUCGGGAGACCAUCGCUAUAACAAAGCCAAAGACGCUAGAGGAGUUCCAAGAAAGGGCGGCAGGUCAAAUGGAGAUCGAAGAACUCCGAGAAGCCCAAAAAUCGGACAAACAACCAAGUCGGAGAGACGAAGAAAGAACUUUCAGAUCACCAGGAAAUAGGGACAGUAAGAAACCUUCCAAGCCCGCUUCAAAAUACAACACAUACACCAGAUUCAAUACCAGAAGAGAAAACAUCAUCAGAGAAAUCCUCGAUGCCAAAAUCAUAAAGCCACCAGCCCGAGCAGGGAACUACCAGGACCAAAGGUUCGUAGAUAAGACAAAGCAUUGUGCUUUCCACCGAAAGUUCGGUCACACUACGGAUGACUGCAUCGUCACAAAGGACCUCCUGGAAAGGCUAGCACGCCAAGGGCUCUUGGACAAAUAUAUCGAGACCCGGAAGGGCAGAGGAGGAAACUCAGACAGGACAGAGCAUAAGCAAGCAAAGGCCGACGACAAAAAAGAAAGGACAACUCCUGAUCCACCAAGAGGAGUCAUUAACCAUAUAUCAGGAGGAUUCGCAGACGGAGGAGAAACAAGCUCGGCCAGGAAAUGA